CUACUACUCUCUUCUCUUUCCCUGGUAAAGGGAGAAAAUUGCCAUAUUCUGGAAGAACCAGCAUAUCCUUAUUUAUCUAAAGAUGGAGAUGUGAUAAUCGGGGCCAUGUUUUCAAUACAUCGUGGAACUGAGAUGCAGUCACUGCAAUAUACUGAAAAACCUCCACCUUUAAUCUGCACUAAAUUGUCGCUUUCUUAUUUACGACUUGCUCAGAUUAUGACUUUUGCAGUUGAAGAAAUUAACAGAAGUAACACCUUGCUCCCAAAUAUCUCAGUUGGUUACAAGAUUUUUGAUCCUUGUCUCUCAAGAUUAUUAUCUAUUAAGGCAGCCAUAGCUUUUAUUAAUGGUCAGGAUAUAACAAAUAAGACCUGCCAUGAACAAACUGUGGUACAAGCCAUCCUAGGGGAGUCAGAGUCUACUGCUACUAUAGCACUUACAAAAACUACAGAACCUUUUAAGAUUCCAGUGAUAAGUCAUUCGGCCACAUGUGAAUGUUUGAGUAAUAGAAAGGAGUACCCAUAUUUCUUCAGGACCAUAGCAAGUGACUACUACCAGAGUAGAGCUUUGGCAUAUAUGGUCAAGCACUUUGGCUGGUCUUGGGUAGGAGCUGUGCACAGUGAUAAUGACUAUGGAAACAAUGGAAUGACUAUUUUUCUGAAUGCAGCCAAAGAGGAGGGAAUAUGUGUUGAGUACACAGAGAAGUUUGAUCGGGCAAAUCCUGCCAAAAUCAUCAAAGUGGUUGACAUUAUUCAGAAAGGCAUAGCUAAACAAGUUAUAAUGUUCUGUCUGGAGCCAUUGGAUUUGAUGUGGGAAAAUUGAACAUUGGCGGUUUUGCUGAUUAUGCUGUCAAUGGAUUUUGGCAAACAGAAGUCCCAUGCUUACAUACAGAGGGAAGCAAUUUUCAAUCUGAAAUCAACUGCAGCAAAUA